UGGGCCAGCAAAAUGGAGUUUCUCAGGCCGUACGUCUCUAGUAGACAAGUAGCCGCGAAAGCAUCAUGCGAGAGGCCCAGCAACGAUGUGGACACCAUGCUGGAGAGUUUCGUCGAGAACGUCGCCGAGGAAGAGGUCGCUUCGGCGAUGCACGAAGUCGCUAAGGAAAAGACGCUACUCUUGAAGAAAAAUAUUCAGUGCAUGGACCCCGGUGGCUCGGAAGUCGUCCAGCAAAACACGUUAAAACCGUUCGCCGAAUCGUUGGAUGCGGUUGAUCUGCUGUUUCUAAGCUACGCCCAGACCUUGAAGACGUUCGUGCCGCGGCGACAGGCUGAAAUCAAACUUCAAAUCGCGCAGAUUAUGAGCAACGCCGAAGUCGCCCAGCUAGAGGAGGGAGCCUCGGUGAAGUUCUCCAUUUAGACGUAACUCGUCGGCAACAAGUGUACAUAUGUAAAUACAU